AUGGAAGAGGUACCAAAAGCUGCUGCUGCUGUGAUAGCCAAAUCAAAACAAGACUUGGUAGACACAACGGUGGUUUCACCUUCAGCCGAAGAAGAAUACAAGGUGUUGACAGACACAAGUUUACCGCGCGUCAAAGCUGCUUUCGUGGUCUUGGUAAGAAAUAAGGAGUUGUAUGCAUUGAGGUCUUCUAUGAGAUACCUUGAAGAUCGCUUUAACCACAAAUACCAUUACCCUUGGAUUUUCUUGAACGAGGAACCUUUUACAGAAGAAUUUAUCAACAUGACUCAAAUGAUGACAACAGCUAAAGUUCACUAUGGCCUUGUUCCUAAAGAACACUGGAGCUAUCCCGAUUGGAUCGAUCAAGACUAUGCUAAACAAUGUAGAGAAGAUAUGGCUGAACAAAAAAUUGUCUAUGGCGGUAGUGAGAGUUAUAGGCACAUGUGUCGUUAUCAAUCUGGUUUCUUUAUGUUACACCCAUUGCUCGACAACCUUGAUUAUUAUUGGCGUGUUGAACCUGGUGUCAAGUUCUCCUGUGAUAUUGAUUAUGACCCAUUUCGAUUGAUGCAAGAAAGAGAUUUGAAAUAUGGGUUUACGAUUGCAUUAAGAGAAUAUCGAGCAACCAUUCCUACUUUAUGGAGAACAACAAUUGAUUUUGCUAAAAGUCAUCCUCAAUAUAUUUAUCCUCGAACUAGACCAGACAGCUUGUUACGUUUUGUAAGCGAUGAUAAUGGCUGGUCAUACAAUCUUUGUCAUUUCUGGAGUAAUUUUGAGAUUGCCUCUGUGAAAUACAUGAGAUCAGAAGGAUAUCAAGCUUAUUUCAAAUAUUUGGAUCAACAAGGUGGUUUCUUUUACGAAAGAUGGGGCGAUGCGCCAGUGCAUUCUAUCGCAGUAGCUUUGAUGUUGAAAGAAAGUGAUGUUCAUUGGUUUUAUGACAUUGGUUAUAAGCAUGAUAAUUUUGAACACUGUCCUACUGAAGAGAAAUGGUUAUUGAAUAGUAAAUGUUAUUGUGAUGCUGAGACUUCUUUUGACUUCAACCAAGGAUCAUGUUCAUCUUUGUAUUUGGAUGUAGCUAACAGAACUGCAUCAAGUUAUAUCGUAACUCAGCCAGACAAAGACGAUUAG